AUGACCACAUUUCGGUUUUGCAGAGAUUGUAAUAAUAUGCUUUACCCUCGAGAGGAUAAAGAGAACCAGCGAUUGUUGUUCGAAUGUCGUACGUGCACAUAUGCAGAGGAAGCUGGCACGCCGCUCGUGUACAGACACGAAUUGAUAACAAACAUCGGAGAAACUGCUGGUGUCGUACAAGACAUUGGCUCGGACCCGACGUUGCCCAGGUCGGACAGAGAAUGUCCAAGAUGCCAUUCACGCGAGAACGUUUUUUUCCAGUCCCAACAGCGACGCAAGGAUACCUCAAUGGUUUUGUUCUAUGUGUGUUUGGGCUGUUCGCAUAUCUUCACGAGUGACUUGAAAAACAAGCGUUCUGGGUUCAGUUGA